CAACAACAACAGCAACGCUCCAGUACCGCAUAUUCCGCGCGGCAUAGAAACCUUUUUCAAACUUUUUCUCUGACCAUAAUACCCUUCUCCUUUUGCUAAAAUUCCCACACAAAAACUAACCGGUAAAGAAACACAACACAACUUCACUACACUACACAGUCACUCGUUCGUUCAAAUCAAUCAUUUCUGCUUCAAAUCAUUCAAUUCAAUUCAUAUCUCUCUCUUUAUGGAAAAUUGAUAAAGGGAAAUUGCAAGAGACAAAAUCGAAUCCAAAAAGGUUUGGUGAUACCUGAGCUAUUUUCAGUUUAGGUCCUUCAUUCCUUCGAAAUCUGGACACUUUAAUGAGCUUGUGGCAGCGGUUAGAGACAACACUGAACUAUGAAGAAGCUAUUCUUUUUCAGAUCAUCUGCAUCUAGCGGUGGAAGCAAUAAUUCGGCUCCUCCAAAGUCAACUAAUGAGCAAUUGUCUUGGGAGGUUUUUUCAGAUAGUGGAGUGAAUAAUCAAGCUCAUGGCAAAAUUGAGGACAAGGGCUUCUUCUCCAAAUCUAGAAAGCAAGUUGCUGAUAACCAAAGUUCAAGUGCUGGUCCAAACCUUAGAAGGAGCAGGUCAAUGUCCUCGGCUUCCUUCCAGGUCAAAGAUCCAACUAGAUCUCCUACAAGUAGCAUUGCUAGUGAUCCGUAUCAUCAAUUUGAGCAUUCGUUGGGUCGCCAGACUCAAAAUUCUAAAAUGCGGGACAAGCCAACACAAUCUGCAGUGUCUGCUGUCAAAAAUUCCCAGAGGUGCGAGAAACCUGCUAGUAGUUCUUCAAGAUCCCAUCAUGAGUCAUCUGGGAACUCUACUUGUUCUAGCAACGUUUCAAGCAUGGUUGUGGAUCGUUACAUUGAUGGGGAACAACAGCUAGAGGAAAGUAGACCCAGGAGCAGUUCACAGAGGAAUGGCAGUAGACAUGGAAAUCCUUGCAUGAAUCUUCCACCAAAAGUUCAACAUACAACACCUAAUUCGCCAACUAAUGGAGUCAAAGACAAACCUAGGGCUCAUUCAUUUAGAGAAACUAAAGUUAGCCGUCUUCGUUCCUCAUCCCAAGAUUGGACAGACAAUGGGUAUGGGCAUGAAUCUCCAAGGACUCUUGCAAAAAAUGUCAUUGAGAGGCUUUCUCAAACUUGUGAUAUUUCUAAAAGGAGUUCAAAUAAUUUUUCUGUUGAUAAUCCAAUCACAAUCGAAGAUAUCUAUGCUAGAUCAAUGAAUGGACGAUACGAAUCUGAUUUUGAUGAUGCUCCACCGAAAAGCUAUUCAUUGGAAGAACCAUAUAGAAUGUCCAAUGGAUAUCAUGACAUGGACGGUAAUUGCAGGGGUUUAAGCUAUGAUGAACCUGAAGAGGAUCUUGAUGCAGAAUUAAUGAGAAGAUCAAAGGAAGCUGAGGACAGAGUUAUUCUUCUUUCAAAGAAAUUGGAACAUGAAAACUUUUUUCCUGACUAUGGUUAUGACGUGACAACACUGAUUCAGACAAUCAGAAACCUAGCCGAGGAGAAAAUUAGCUUGGCUCUAGAAGUUUCAACCCAUAUAAGGUCCCAAAUUGCUGACAGAGCAUCUGCCAAGGAAGAACUUAAUCGUGUAAAGACAGAACUGGAGAUUCGGAUUCAAAGACUAGAAAAAGAAAAGAAUGAGAUGCAGUCAGCAUUGGAGAAGGAAUUGGACAGGAGGUCAAGUGACUGGUCAUUUAAACUUGAGAAGUACCAGUCAGAAGAGCAAAGGCUUCGCGAACGAAUUAGAGAGCUUGCUGAACAGAAUGUAUCACUUCAAAGAGAAGUGUCCUCUUUUAGUGAGAGGGAAACAGAAAGCAAAAGUGUAAUGACACAUACUGACCAACAGCUCAAGGUGUUGACUAGUAAGGCAGAAAAAAUGAAAGGGGAGAUUCUGGGUUUGCAGCAAAACCUCUCAGAACUACAAGACAGAUGCAAGAUAGCUGAAGAAAACAGGGACUGCCUUCGAAGAAAUUUUGAAGAGAAGGAGAAGGAGUGCAAAGAUUUGCACAAGUCUGUAGCAAGAUUACAAAGAACUUGCAGUGAGCAAGAGAAGACAAUAAUAGGAUUACGAGAUGGGUUUAGUGAGGACCUUAAUAAGAACCAGUCUGUGGAGAGCAUCGAUAAGCACAUCAAGAAAAUGCAGAUGGAGUUGAUGAGGUUAACGGGUAUAGAAUCAGUCUUGAGAAGGGAGUUGGAAUCACACAAGUUUGAGGAGGACUCUCUUCGCCAAGAAAAUAUAACUCUGUUAAACCGGUUGAAAGGUGAUAGCAAAGAAUGCAUUGUUGCUACUUAUAAACUAGACAAAGAACUAUGCGCCCGGAUCUGCUGCCUUCAGAAUCAAGGCCUAACUAUGCUAAAUGAAAGCACAUACUUGUGUUCAAAGUUACUGGAACUCGUUAAAGAGAAUGGACAGAUUAUUGGAAAUGGUUUAGCUGGACAAUUUGUUGUUGAAUCUGAAACCAAAAUUCAUGGACUCAAAAGUGGAACUGAGGGGUUAACAAGGAGUUUGCAGAUGAUGCCUUCUUUGUUGAAAGAAAAGUCAAAUUUAUUGACUAUAGACGAUGAUAUGUUAGCAAAAUUGAAUAAUCAGUCGUCAGAGGAAAUUUUAACAAUUGAGCUUAAAGCGGAACGUUUGGUAACAAGUUUAUUAAAAGAGAAGUUGUACUCUAAAGAGCUCCAAGUUGAGCAGAUACAAGCUGAACUUGCUACAGCAGUAAGGGGAAAUGACAUACUUAGAUCUGAGGUGCAAAACACGUAUGACAACCUUUCAACUGCGUCUCACGAGUUGAAGAACCUUGAACUUCAGAUGUUGAAGAAAGAUGACAAUAUAAACUGCCUUCAACGGGAUCUUCAAGAGUCUACAAGGGAAUUAUCAAUCAUGAGGGGAAUGUUGCCAAAAGUGUCAGAGGAGAGAGAUAAGUUGUGGGAGAAAGUGAAGCAAAUUAGUGAGGAGAAUAUGCUGUUAAACUCAGAGAUCGAAGUGCUAAAGGAGAAAAUAGCGACACUUGAUACUGAUAUACUCAUUAAGGAAGGUCAAAUAUCAAUGUUGCAAGAGGAGAGAGACAAAAGACCCUGUCUCUAUGGGAGUCCGGAUACAAUUUUUUUCACAUAGGCCUACUUCUCUACUGUGUUCAUAGUCACUCAUAUAUGUGAAUGAGGGUUUUUUUUUUCUUUAGAUUUUUUUUUAAAGUUGGUAUUCUUUUCAUAAUCUGUUUCACAGAAAACAGUACAGGAAGUUUAAGAUUGGACAAAGAAGUAAAAGAAUACAAGGUCUCUAUCUUCAUUGUUCAUAUAUACUGUAGUUUGCUUGACACAGCUGUUCUUGAAAUAAAUUGUUUAGAAUUUUGUUUUAACGUAAGGCUGUAUUAAGUUCAGUGUAAAAUAUCUUGUAUGUUUGAUGGAGUUUUGCAAGAACAGUGAAGUCUAGGUUGACCUUAAAUAUUAUGGUCUUCAACCUGACCAAAGAAAAUGAUAUCAUUUCAAAUGAUGAUAUAGAUAAUCUUUCUGUC